CCCCUUCCGGCUCUUUUCCCAGCCCCUCCAGCCCUGAGGUGUUGGGUUCGGGUGCUGGCAUCUGGGUUCUCCCGGUUUCCGCGGCCGGUGCCAAUUUGAGUUCAAAGCCUCCGGUACGCGCUUGGGCCUGAUUUGUGGAGGGGGGGCGGGGAGGGACCUGCAGCUUGCGGCCCCGCCCCCUUCUCCCGCUAGCCCGCGAGCGGAUCGGCCCGCCUCCGGCUUCGGCCGGCACUGGGGCCGCGUUCCCGGUGCAACCCGGUAGCCGAGGCCUGAGCUUCUACUCGCAGGUGCCGGUGUCGAGGCCCCAGGGCACAGCCCGGUUCGGCCUCAUGGUGGGUUUUGGAGCCAACCGGCGGGCUGGCCGCCUGCCCUCUCUUGUGCUAGUGGUGCUGCUAGUGGUGAUCGUUGUCCUUGCCUUCAACUACUGGAGCAUCUCCUCCCGCCACGUCCUGCUUCAGGAGGAGGUGGCCGAGCUGCAGGGUCAGGUCCAGCGCACUGAGGUGGCCCGCGGGCGUCUAGAGAAGCGCAAUUCGGACCUCUUGCUCUUGGUGGACACGCACAAGAAACAGAUCGACCAGAAGGAGGCCGACUACGGCCGUCUCAGUAGCCGGCUGCAGGCCAGGGAGGGCCUGGGGAAGAGAUGUGAAGAUGACAAGGUUAAACUACAGAACAACAUAUCAUAUCAGAUGGCAGACAUACAUCAUUUAAAGGAACAACUUGCUGAACUUCGACAGGAGUUUCUUCGACAAGAAGACCAGCUUCAGGACUAUCGGAAGAAUAAUACUUACCUUGUGAAGAGGUUAGAGUAUGAAAGUUUUCAGUGUGGACAACAGAUCAAAGAAUUAAGAGCACAGCAUGAAGAAAAUAUUAAAAAGUUAGCAGACCAGUUUUUGCAGGAACAAAAGCAAGAGACCCACAAAGUUCAAUCAAAUGAUGGAAAAGAAUUGGGUAUAAACGAUCAUGUAGUACCUAAAAAUAUUCCCAAAGUAGCUGAGAAUGCUGCAGAAAAGAAUGAAGAACCGUCCAGCAAUCACAUUCCACAUGGGAAAGAACAAAUCAAACGAAGUGGUGAUGCAGGGAUGCCUGGGAUAGAAGAGAAUGACCUAGCAAAAGCUGAUGAUCUUCCCACUGUUUUAAAAAAGCCCCCUGUUUUGGUUUCUCAGCAUGAAAGUCAUCAAGCAAUCUCCCAUAUUCCAACUGGACAACCUCUUUCCCCAAAUGUGGCUCCAGGUUCAUAUGUAAACCACAAUGGAUAUCCUGGCACUUCAAAACAGAACCCCUCCAACCCUCUUCAGCGUUUAAUUCCAGGCUCAAAUUUGGAGAGUGAACACAGAAUUCAAACAGAUAUAUUAAAGCAGGCCACUAAGGAUAGAGUCAGUGAUUUCCACAAAUUGAAGCAAAAUGAUGAAGAGAGAGAGCUUCAGAUGGAUCCUGCAGACUAUGGAAAGCAACGUUUCAAUGAUGUUCUUUAACUCCUAAAAAAAAUAUCACAAAACCUAAAGUGCUGUAAAAUGGAAUCAUUUCUACUUUGUCAUUUUUGACUUCUGUUGUAAAGAUCAGUUGUAUCAGUUGUAAAGAUACAUUGAGAUAGAUGUAAGGAAAAACUUUAAUGAAGGAAUGUACCCAUGUACAUAUGUGAACUUUUUCAUAUUGUAUUAUCAAAGAAGACUUUUGGUUAUGAUACAGUUGAGCCAAAAAUAGAUAAUCUUUGCAUUUAAAGCAAACUAAUGUAUAUUUCACAUUUUUUUGAGCCUAAUUUUUUUCCACAAAUAGACAAAUGGGAGAAAAUGGUUAUGUAGAUGUUUUAUGAUGCACAUAGCAUAGCCACAGUGAGAACAAUUAUUCAGCUGAGAAUUUUUUAUACACUAACAUCUUCUUGUUAGCCCAACAGGUGUUCUGUUCUAUCUGCCCCUCAUUUCAUGCUUUUCAGGAGUUAUGCCUAGAAUAGUUAUGUAAAAGAGGGGAAAUUGGAUGCCAAACACUAGUUAACGUGUACAAAACUGCCUCUCUACUCAAGUGCUAAUGUGUUUUGGCAUAUUAACUUUCAGCUGAGGCCUGAUGGAAUUUGAGAUAAACUUCAAAGACAUAACAGAAUAUAUGAGUUAUUGUUUACGUUAGUUCUUGAAAUUGUGGAAUGCAUGAUGGACGAUAUAUUUUCAAUUUUUUCUUUCUCAAGUAAUAUCAGUACUAUUUAACUAUAGUCAGCACUGGCUAAAAGAAAAUUUUUUUUUCAGAGUUCAGGUCAGUGAAGAUAAAUUAAAUGCCAGAUCCUGAAAGGAGCUAAAUCUACCUUGAAAUGAAUCUACAAUUGAUAUUUCAAAGCUUUUCUGGUAGUUUUAAUGAUCUUAUUUAACUAGACUUUUUCAGAACUACUAAAUAAGCAAUUUUAACAGGUUUUUAUUAAUGCACACAUAAAUAGAUAUACAGUGAGGUCUACAGCUGUUUUAUUAAAAUAGCUUAAAAGUUUAUAAUAAAAAUGAAUCUUUGUAAUUAAUGUUAGUUAAGAACCCAUCAACCUCAUAUUUGCUAGACUUACACAAAAUUGUUUUAAAUGCAUUUUUUGACACUAUUUAGUCAAAUGUGUAAGCUAGCUAACCCUUAUUUUCUUAUUUAAAGCACUUUUAAAUAGUACCUCUCCCCCCAAAAAACUAAAGGUUUGGAUCAUACCAGGAUGUUUAAAGUUGUUUAACCCUGUUUUUCAAAAGGGCUACCAUUAAUUGCAUAUAAACAUGAAAUAUCAGGCAGGGGAUAUAGCUUAGUGAUAGAGUGCUUGGCUAGUAUGUAUAAAGUUCUGAGUUUCUCCCCAGCACCACAAAAUAAACAAACCCAAAACAUGAAAUACUGCACCCCCACAUUAAGUUUCCUGUCAUGAUUCAAACUUAUAGAUAGAUUAUUCACUUGUUGAGGUGCAAAAAUUCUUAGCUUUCAACUGGAAAUUAUUUAAUGACUAGGAAAAGAUGCAGUAAUUUACUAAAAUAGUUUUUUCCACCAUAUCAAACUAAGUAGUGUUCAUGUUUUUGUUAACAGUAGGGUCAAGACUACAGGUAUGAUGGUUCACAUAAUUUUUAAAAGGGAGUUAGUUAAAAGGAAGUGAUGUAUAUCCUUUGGUGUACAUCCUUUUAAAUGACUUUAAAUAGUGAAAAACACCUGUUCAGAAUAAAUUUGGGCAUUAAUGGGAGAGGUGAAUCUAAAAAUAUUCCUAGAAAUAUUUCAUAUUUAAUAUUAUAAAAUCUUUACAAAUGAAAUUACCUUAGUUCCUUUUCAUAAAAAUGAUCAUUUGGUUAUAUGAUAACUAUUACUUACAUAGCAAAAUUUCUUCAAUUGGCAGUCUAGACAUUUUAUAAAUCAAGAAAUUUUGGACCAAUUGAUAAUAUUUCUGACUGUAUUAACAUUUUAGUGCUAUAAAAUAUUAUGUAGAUGUCUUAAAAUUCUGACAUUCUACAAUCUAUAUUACUAUGCUGUUUUUGUUUUACUUCUGCCUUAAGAUUUAGUUUUUUUAAAUGUAUUUUUGCCCUGAAUUGUUAAUUUGAUGAAAGUUCUACUUCUAAAAUCAUCACUUACUGGGUUCUAAUAAAUGAAAAAUUAAACUUGU